GAUAUCCCACUCGUGAAGGAGGACCUGCUCAGACAUCACAGCAACGCUGUUGUGCAUUGUAGUUUAGCUACAUUUCUAAGAAAGUAAUCUUGUACGAUUAGAUCAGAUAUGUGAAGACAGUAUCUCUGUUGUUAUCGCCAGUUAAAGUUCUUCAAGUUUAACAAAGUUUCUUCAAUUAUAGACUAUCUUACUAGUUACAUAAUUUUACGAAUUUUAUACGUUAUCGUUAAAAUUAUUUGUGAUUACCUUUUAAAUAACAACGUGUAAUAUAAGUGCUUAUAAGAGCUAUAAUGAAAGAGAUGUUAAUAUAAAAAUCCCCAUAAUACUAAUUUGGAUAUACUUUGUGUAAGCGUAUUAUACUAAUUUGUGUUAACAAAAGCUGAAAGAACAAACGAAACAGUCGAAGACUUUUAAAUUGUAAACAAUGGUUAUCAUUUUACUCCUAUUGUGUGCUUUUAUUUUCCUACUAUAUUACUUUCGUCAUUAUGUAAAAUUUGUGCGCCUGAUUAAUAACAUACCAAGUAUGCCGUCACUUCCAGUGCUCGGCCAUACUAUAGAUUUAUGGAUGUCUUCACAAGAGGAUCUUUGGAACCUUCAGCGUACACUUUGUCAAAAGUAUUAUCCAAUUUAUAAACUUUGGUGUGGUCCAAUUGCUUUUGUCAGCAUUCACCAUCCAGAUGAUUUAGAGAAAGUACUAGGCAAUUCAAAGGAACAUCUUUCAAAAGGCCAUAUCUAUUCCCUCUUCUAUCCUUGGUUAGGAACUGGAUUACUUACUAGCGAAGGGACGAAAUGGCACAAAAGGCGAAAGAUACUGACACCUACGUUUCAUUUUAGUAUAUUAAAACAAUUUGUUGAGAUUCUGAUUGAGGAAGGAAAUCUCAUGGUAAAAACUUUGAAAGAUUCAAAAAAAACGACUGUUGAUGAUUUAAUGCUCUUUAUCAGUAGUCAUACCUUGAAUGCAAUAUGCGAAACAGCCAUGGGGACUUCUUUGAAUAAAAUGGGUGAAUUUCAGAAACAAUAUCGUCAGGCGGUUCACGAUAUGGGAAAGAUAAUAAUUUACAGACUAAUGAGACCAUGGUUAACUCCAAGUAUGAUAUUUGCAUUAACGUCAAAGGGUAGACAACAUGCCAAAAAUCUAAAAAUAUUGCAUGGAUUCAGCGAAAAAAUUAUUGCGGAAAGAAAACAAUAUCAUGAAAGCACUGGUGGACGAUACUUGAAACAUUUUGAAGAUGAUAUAGAGACAGACGAAAAAGAGGAGAUUGGAUAUAAGAGGAAACGGCUCGCUAUGUUGGAUCUUCUAAUAUCGGUAGCUAGUGAUAACGAGAUGAACGACUUAGAUAUCAGAGAAGAGGUUGAUACGUUCAUGUUCGAAGGACACGAUACUGUAGCAAUGGGUCUGACUUACGCCAUAUUAGUGCUAGCUGAACACAAAGAUGUCCAGGAAUGUAUCAGAAAUGAAGUAAGUGCAGUCAUGCAAGCAAAUGAAGAAAAACUUACUAUGUCAGCGUUAAAUAAGAUGCCAUACUUGGAAAGAUGUUUGAAGGAAUCGUUAAGAUUAUAUCCUAGCGUUCCUCUCAUAGCGCGAACCUUAUCGGAAGAUGUAAAACUACAUUCAUACUUGGUACCUGCUGGAGCAGUAAUGCACAUAAAUAUCUACGAUAUACAUAGAGAUCCUAAUUUUUGGCCAAAUCCAGAGGUAUUUGAUCCUGAUAGAUUUCUACCUGAGAGAAUUCAAAAUCGUCAUCCCUAUUCUUAUUUACCGUUUAGUGCAGGACCACGAAAUUGUAUAGGACAACGAUUCGCUAUGCUGGAACUGAAAGCUAUAAUAGCAUCGUUAGUAUACAACUUUUACCUUGAACCCAUUGAUUAUUUGAAAGAUCUUCGGUUCAUGACUGAUAUAAUAAGUCGUGUUACAAGUCCGAUCCGUACACGAUUUGUCCCAAUUGAUCGUAUGCCACCGAAUUCAUUUAAAAUCGAGUAAUUUUAUUUAAUAAGAUGAAAUGAAAACUUGUAAGAAAAAAAUUGCUCACGGAAUUGUUACUCUUAUACUUUUUAGUUAUUAUGAUGCAGGGAUGGGAAAAUUACUUUUUAAAAGUAAAUUUUUAAUGUAAUAAUAUAAUAACUCAUGAAAUAAGUUGGAUUGAGAUUGUAACCCUAAGGGGAAUCUAAUAAAAAUAUUAUUAUUAUUAUUAUAACCCAUGAUAAUAAUAGAUCAUAAAUAUCAAUCGAUGCCUACAGAUUAAAUAUACAAAAAUAUAUUUAUAUUACCGUUACUCGUUACCAACUUAAAAAUGUAACUCGUUACCGUUACAGUUACUGAUUUUCAAAAGUAACUCGUUAUCGUUACUGUUACUUUAUUUAUUUCUGAAACAAGAUCAGACAAACUAAAAGAUCUUCUUUUGCAACAAUGUUUUACUGAAACCAUGAAAAAUUUAAGGAGGGAAAUUUUAAAACAC